CUCAUCUGCUCAUCAUAAAAACUCCCACUUCCUUCCCUCGUAACGCACCACUCACCUCACCUCCUCACGCUCUCGCUCGCUCAUCACUCCCCAACUACUAACUCCACCACCAGCAGCAGGCAGCAGCUAGCGCGCGGCAGCCAUGGGCGCCACGGAGGAUUCCUCCUCCGGCUCCGAGACGACCACCUCGUCCUCGGUGGAGGCCCUGGCCUCGCCGCCGUCCCCGACGGCCACCACCGCGUCGUCCAAGAAGAAGCGGGCGCGCAACGACGGGCGGCACCCGACGUACCGCGGGGUGCGCAUGCGGAGCUGGGGCAAGUGGGUGUCGGAGAUUCGGGAGCCCCGCAAGAAGUCGCGCAUCUGGCUCGGCACCUUCGCCACCGCGGAGAUGGCGGCGCGCGCGCACGACGUGGCCGCUCUCGCCAUCAAGGGCCGUGCCGCGCACCUCAACUUCCCCGACCUCGCCCACGAGCUCCCGCGCCCGGCCACCGCCGCGCCCAAAGACGUCCAGGCGGCCGCCGCGCUAGCCGCCUCCGCUGACUUCCCGGCCUCUGCCACUGCCACUGCCAAUGCCGGCGCCAAGAACCCCGACGGCCCGGAACCCAACGCCGCCUCUGCGUCGACACCGCCGGACACAGCCGAGGACGCGCUGUUCGACCUCCCCGACCUCCUCUUCGACCUCAGACACGGCCCUCCGUCCUGCCAGGUCUCGUGCGCUUCCACGUGGGACGACGACGUGGCCUUCGCCGGCCCCGGCGCCGGCGUGUUCCGCCUGGAGGAGCCGCUGCAGUGGGAGUAUUGAAAACCCGCCCGGUCGCCGCCGCCGCCGCUGCAUGCAUGUGUGGCUCGUAGAUGGUCGUUACCACAUCGGACCAGAAAUCAUGUCGAAACGAUCGGUGAACCAGCGCUGCGUUUGCCUUUACUAAAUUUAGGAGUCGGGCCAUGUACAAAUUGGGGUUAGCCCUGUGUUCUUUAUCGUAUUUGCUUUGCGUGGAUUGUGGGGCAAGAAUAUGUUUGUUUGUGCAAUUAACAACGCAUCUCUUCCUUC